AUGCCAACGAAAGUGGAACACGAAUGGAGCAACAUUCGCGGUAGAAUUGCCAGUGAAUUAGUAAAGAAAGCCAAGAGUUUACCGCACGUGAUUGACGGCAACAAUAUUUUUUGCAAUCAUCGACGACGUUUGGAACAUCCACAGGGUGUCAAGCCCAUUGGCAAUUACUUUGAAGACAUAAUCAAUGGCAUUGUAGAAUGUCGUACAUCAGGUUUGGGUAGACUGUCGAUGCUACAAGAUAUUCACGUGCUGUCAUUAUUGAAUUAUCUCUCGGCUUUAGAUCUGCUGAAUUUGGCAGCUUCCAGUCGUGCUGCCUACGUGUAUGCCACACAUGAUGAACUAUGGCGAGUAUUAGUUCUCGAGGAGUUGCACGCACAUUUUAAGCCCGAGCGAACGUGGAAGGCUACAUAUUUGAAGACUAAGUAUGGUGAUAAGUCGUUUUUCUGUGCGGCUGCACCGAUUGAAGAAACGUGGUUAGUGGUAGAAAGUAUUGAGCGUCGAAAUGCCAAGAACAUGACAUUGGAUGAAUUUAAGAGAGAUUUUGAAGGUCCUAAUGUACCGGUAAUUAUCACCAAUGCUAUUGACAACUGGGCGGCAAUGGACAAGUGGACAGAUGAGUAUUUGAGUGACGUUUGCAAAGGCACAACAUUCUACGCUGGAGGGUUUCAGUUUCCUAUGGAUGAAUAUUUAAAUUAUGCGCGCGUGCUGCAGGACGAUCAACCGCUGUUUAUUUUUGAUAAGAAAUUUGCUGCGAAGGUGCCCCGGCUUGCGAAAGACUACAUGGUGCCUGAAUACUUUCGUGAGGACUAUUUCGCUUUACUCGACGAGAAGAAGCGACCUGACUACCGCUGGCUUAUCAUUGGUCCCAAGAAAUCAGGCUCUAGUUUUCACAUUGACCCAAACGCUACAAACGCGUGGAAUGGCGUGAUUCGCGGCAGCAAGAAAUGGAUCAUGUUCCCUCCUGGCCAAGUGCCGCCUGGCAUUCAUCCGAGCGAGGAUGGUAGCGAAGUGUCUACGCCAGUGUCCAUGAUGGAGUGGUUUGUGACAUUUUACAACGCUGUGCAAAAAUUGCCUGCACAUUUGAAGCCGCUGGAGGGCAUAUGUCGAAAGGGUGAGACCAUAUUUGUACCGCAUGGUUGGUGGCACACCGUAUUAAACAUCGAGGAGAGUAUUGCUGUGACUCAGAAUUUUGUAAGUUCUGGCAACGUGAAAAGUGUAAUGAGAUUUCUUACAGAGAAACCGGAGCAAGUUUCUGGUUGCCCAAUGGAGCAACGCGCUAUGCUAGGCGAAAUGUUGCGAGACGUGAUGGCCAAACAUGUGCCGGAGGUUUUUGCCAAGGUGGACAAGGAGUUACAGGAAGAGAAUAAGCGGAAGCACCGCAAAACGAAGUGGAAAAUCCUUAUUUCUAAAGGCUCGGACAAGAAGGAACGACCUAUGAUAUCAUCAAUAGAUGGCAUAAAGCCAGUUAGUAGUGCAAACACAUUCGGUUUUGACUUCAGGUUUGACUAG